AUGGAUGACCUCGCCAGGGCCGAGUACCCGGCCAUGCUGCCGCAUCUCCAGCCGAAUCAGGCUGCACAGGUUCUCAACGACCGAGUCAAGCGCAUCGGCAAGGUAAACAACGAAAUCGCCGACUGGCUUCAGGAGCGCCGUCGCAUCGAAGAACAAUACGUCGCCAAUCUGCGCAAGCUUGCCCAAUUCAGAGUCCCCAAUGCGCAGUCAGAGCUUGGCGCCUUCCAAACGCCGUGGGCUCGUAUCAUCGGUGCCGUGGAGCGCAUCGCCCAAUCUCAUCACCAAUUCGCCGACGGCAUCGAGCGCGACGUCGAGCUGCCCCUCCGUGGCUUCCAGCAGCGAAACGACGUACAAAAUAUCCAUACAAUCUCUGCCAACCUGACCCAUCUCGGCAAGGACCUUGAGGACGCCCACCACCAGGCUGACAAGCUGAGCAAAAAGGGCAGCAAGACCAGCGCCCAGAAAAUCGACGCUGCUUCUACGAGACUCGAGAUGGCUCAGCAGGAGUGGGAUUCCCAGGCGCCCUUUGUCUUUGAGACGCUCCAGGCUCUCGACGAGUCACGCGUUAACCAGCUUCGAGACGUCCUCACGCAGUACCAGACGCACGAGUCCGACCAGGCGCAACGAACACAGACCAUUGCCGGCGACGCGCUCGCCGUUACCAUUGAGAUUGAAACAGAGUCGGAGAUUCGCGGUUUCGUUCAAACCACCAUUGGCGACCGACCGGCCGCUCCCACUAGAAGCUCGACACGACGUUCGUCGGUUGGACCUGCUGCAAAUAACGCUGUCCAAGCUCCAGCUGCAGCGUCUUCUAUCAAUCGCGAAACUACUUUGAACAACCACAACAACCUCACCCCUACCCCCUCUGCUCCGCACUCAGUGCCCGAGGAGGACUCCUUUAAUCCAUCACCGCCACCUCAAAAAGAGUCCAAGCUUCGACGACUCGGGACCAUCCUCGGCGCCGGAAGACGUCGCCAGAGUGUCCACGGCUUUGGACAACUUGGAUCUCAGAAAGCUGGUGCUCCUAGUUUCGGCCGCCUUGGCAGUAGCGGCCGUGGCAUAUCACCCCGGGCUUCGGCCAGCAACCUCAACGAAUCGUCCAGACUGUCUUCUCUCGCUGAAGAUGGACCCGUCUCGCCCAUCCGCCCCAAGACUGGCGGCGACAGACCUAACGGCCUCGCCAAUGUCGAUACAGACGUACCCGCUCUACCGGCCCUGACCGGCUUCAAUGGAACCUCGACCGGCUACGCUGAGCCAUCAUCACAAGUCCCCGCAGCCCGGGCCUCGUCGCCGCAAAAAGACGCCGAGGGCUUCACCGUCCGAGCGCCCAUGGACGAUCCGAUUAGCGAGGCGCAGAAAGAAGCUGCCAGCGAUGAUUCUGAGCAGCCGUUCAAGCUGAGCAUACAGAACCAGCCGAUUUCCGAGGAAGAUCCGGACGAGAAGCAGGCUGCCCUCUCCAGCGUGGCCAACACACUCAAGCUCAAUUCGACUGCGCAGCGCUCCCGCACAGUUCGCGGCCGCCGGGACGUCAGAAAUACCAUUUAUAACCCGGCAGGCGGCCUGCCCGAAGCGCUCUCAGACAGCUCCCUGGGCUCCCUUCCGCCGCCGCCCAGGCCCAUUGCGGCCUCCUCGAUUCUGACCUCGGAGCCAAGCACCACUGCUGUCUCUGAUUCGCAGUCUGUCCGAUCGGGCACCUCUCUCGGCAACUUUGCGCACGUUAAACACCCAGACAUGCACGAACCCGGUCUCAACUCGUCCAUUAUCGAAACCGUAUCUGCUCACUUUGAGGACGGCGAGAUUCAAAACGUUUCAAUUGCUGGAGAAAUUGCCUUUGCCUACAAUCGCAACGACGCCAACGACAAGACACAUGAAACCAUUCGUAUCAACAACUUUGCCCGUCUAGAAAAGAUUGGUCCCAAUCGCAUCUUUGUGCAAAAUGCAUCGGUGGAACAGCCAGACCAGUUUUCUCUCGAUCUCACCCACAUACCCAAGACGUCGACGGCGUUUUCCUACCGCGUCUUUGCUGACGACACCAACAAUCCGCAGGCGCUCAGCGCCUUCGUGCCCCUGCUUCUCAAGCCCGUGUGGAAGCCUCAAGGCGAUAAGCUCGGCCUGCUGCUGCAAUACCGGCGCAACCCGGCUUGCACACUCCCCUCUGACGGCGGGCCACUCACGCUGCACAACGUCGUCGUCGUCGCCACCUACGAGGGCCGCGCGUCCGGCGCCCAGACCAAGCCCAGCGGCACGCACCUCAAGGAUAAGCACCUCGUCUACUGGCGUCUCGGCGAUGUGACUCUCUCUGAAGACGCAGACGCCGCGCAAAAGCUGGUUUGCCGUGUGAUUGGUGGCGGUGACGGCGCGGAACUCGGGCCCGGACGCGUAGAGGUCCGCUGGGAGUAUGUGUCCUCUGCUGACAGAAAUGCGCCGGCCGGGGCAUCGGGCAUCUCGGUCGCGCGCCUAGUGGAGGAUGUCAAGGGUAAGGGUAAAGAAGUGACCGCCGCCGCCGCCGCGAGUGAUCCGUUUGCCGACGCCGAUGCGCCGACGGAAGAGAGCGCACAGACGUGGAUUGACGUACCCCUGACGAAAAAACUCGUCAGCGGCAGAUAUGAAAGCAAGUAA